AUGGCAGAAAAAGACAUAGAAAAACUCCUUACCUCAAAAGAGGUUGUUGAAAAAAAAGUGAGAACGAAGUGGUCUCCAGACGAGGAGACGAGACUGAUUUCGGCCGUCCUUGAUCGCGAGGAUGCCCUAUUCGGCGAUUUUAAGGGCACCGGGGCGAAAUCUGGUCAGGCGAAGCGGAGGCAGGGCUGGGAGGAAGUCGCAGAUGUGUUGAAUGCACAAUUCACUAACAGCAAGAGAACACCAGAGGAGUGCAGAAAAAAGUAUAACAAUGCGAAACAAAGGAGUAAGUGA